AAAUAAAUGGGCGGGACACAUAUGAAGUAACGUUUUUUUUUUGUCAAGUCGAUCUGCUCGUGUCCUCUUGCUCCUGGAAUCCUCAUCAUUAUUGGACCUUACUCAAAUGUUAACCCAGAUUUUGCGAGCUGGAACGAGGAAUUGGCACAAGCAAAGAUGAAAUACUCAGUUAUACCCAUUGCAUUGCUUGUAAUGCACUGUGCCUUUGGAGAGAGCUCCCACAAUCAUGAAGAUCAUUAUGUGGGUCAUCAGCACAGCCCCGAGCACGACAUGGAUCUCCUAUUGGGAACUGAGGAAGAAGAUGGAAUAAAGAAACUUAGUCCAGCUGAGCAAAGGAACAAAAUUAUGGAAAUCCUGAAGAAGAUUGAUAAAGAUUCUGACAAACAUUUAACCUCAGAGGAGAUCACACUAUGGAUUCAACAUGUCUACAAGAAAUAUGCAUUGGAUGAUGCAGAGGAGCGCUUCCCUGAAUUUGACACCAACAACGAUGGUGUUGUGUCGUGGGAAGAAUACAACAUGGUUGUCCAUGAACGAGUCAUUAAUAUUGAUGAGAAUGCUUUUCUGGAGGAUCCAGAGGAAGAGUCACUCAGAUUUCUCCACUUAAAGGAAAAGAAGCGCUUUGAUUUUGCUGAUAUGGGUGGCACACCAGGCCUUAACCUAACUGAGUUUCUUGCAUUUACACACCCAUCAGAAGUGGAUUACAUGGCUGAUUUUGCCGUUGAAGAUGUGUUGAGUGAAUAUGACACAGAUAAAGAUGGGUUCAUCAGUCUACGUGAAUUUAUUGGAGAUGUUCGAACUAAUGAGGAGGAUGACCCAUCAAAGUGGGAGAUUGAGGAAACUGUCCGCUUUGACAACCUCUAUGAUCAAGACAAGGAUGGCAAGUUGAAUCGAGAGGAGCAGCUCCGCUGGGUGGCCCCUAACAGCUAUGGCUCUGCACGGGAGGAGGCUGUUCACCUCAUCAAAGAAAUGGACCAAGAUGGUGAUGGGAAACUGUCAGAGGCAGAGGUUUUGAAAAAUCAAGAUGUUUUUAUGAAUAGUGAAGUAACAGACUAUGGAAGGCAACUGCAUGUGUCACAUGACGAAUUAUAACAGAUUUUUUUUUUUACUGUGAUGUACAAUAACAGUUAAGUUUGGACACGCCUACUUAUUCCAUGGUUUUUCUUUAUUUUUACUAUUUUCUGCAUUGUAGAAUAAUAGUGACGACAAACUGAAAUAACACAUGGAAUCAUGUAGUAACCAAAUAAGUGUUAAACAAAUCAAAAUAUAUUUGAGAUUCU